AUUAUUUUUAAUUAUAAUUUACUACAAUUUAAUACUUUCAUUUUCAUUUACCAAUUUAUUCCAACUUCAAGUCGGAUUCAAAUUGACAAAUGAGUGACAUUUUGCGUAGCAAACCUUUUGAUUUUCGUAGCAAGUAAAAGGUGUUUAAUUUUCCACAAUUUUCUCAAGAUGGGUCGUAUGCACGCUCCUGGGAAGGGUAUUGCCCAGUCGGCUUUACCCUACAGACGUAGUGUCCCCACAUGGUUAAAAGUAACUCCUGAUGAAGUCAAAGAUUACAUCUUCAAACUUGGCAAGAAAGGUUUAACCCCUUCGCAAAUAGGUGUUACACUUAGGGAUUCUCAUGGAGUUGCUCAGGUUAGGUUUGUAACAGGAAACAAGAUUUUGCGAAUCAUGAAAGCUAUGGGCCUUGCACCUGAUUUACCUGAAGAUUUAUAUUAUUUGAUUAAAAAAGCCGUUGCUAUUCGUAAACAUUUGGAACGUAAUCGUAAAGAUAAAGACAGCAAGUUCAGGUUGAUCUUGGUUGAAUCAAGGAUACAUCGACUUGCAAGAUAUUACAAGACAAAGAAUGUUUUGGCCCCCAACUGGAAGUACGAGUCUAGUACAGCCUCAGCGUUAGUAGCUUAAUUUUAAGACAUGUUUUAUACUAAUUAAAUGAGACCAGAUGCAUAUCUGGUCUGAAUUUUCUA